AUUUGGGCGCCUAUCGGCCACAUACUUAAACAAGGCGAGCGAGUCACUCACCAAGAACGGCCAAAGAUGCAACGCAGACAAUAACUGCCACACCUUAUACAAGUUCUUCUUCAGAUCCACCCUACUGAACCCGCCCCGAGCUACGUCCUUUAUCUCUCAGCAUUAUAUGGAAACAAAGUCAACACGCAGGUCGAAGUCCAAAUCGUUGAAUCACGUUCAGGACGAGUGGCAUGCAGAGAAAUUGAAACACGAUUGGAAGCAAUCGCUUUUUGGCAGAAGAAAAGGCAAACCUUUAUCCACCAUAGGUCAAAGCAGCUCUUCUGCGCCUGAGACGGCGCAAGAAACAUACAGUCAAUUUGAGAGGUUGUCGGACAACCCCCUCGUGGCAAGGCGAUGCUCGCCAACCGCAUUCUCUCGGGAUCUAGAACAUCAUGUCAAGGAUAACCAGAAUGUGGAAGGCGCAGACGCCGUUUCUAGGAAUAACGCUCUGCUCGCCAAAUAUGGCAUUAAAGUUCGAGAUUUUGCAUACGAAAGUACGUUGCCACAUCUACCUACGGUGUGGCAUGUACCAGAGCAGAUCAUCGUGGGUCCGAAACGUAGAAGACCAUAUGACGAAGAUGACGAAGACGAGGCUCAAUAUGCGGCACGGAGGCCAUAUCCUGCCCUGCAAAGUCAACAUUCCAACCCCAUCAUUUCUGGGACUAACGAGCAGGAGGCAUGGGUCGACACGCCACCCGUCACCCCCCAUGGGACUCUCAUGACUAUCCCUCCCACUGAUGAAGAACACAGUCCGCAAUCACGAACUCAGUCUCAGCUGCCAAUUGCAGAAAGUGUGGCCCUCACGCAACCCAUAUUCACGCCAGAGCGAACUGCUCUACGUCGCCCUCCUGCUUCUUCUCUCUCACACUUUCUACGCUCGUCAUUUUCUCGCGUUGGUCCCUCGACCUUACAACCUCCCCACACGAGCUCGCCAAACAACUCAGGCGUGGCAAGCUCAACCAAACAUAGAUCGCCUUCACUGACAAACUUCCUUUGCCCCUACCACUUGCGCAGUAGAGCGAAAGCUCCUGCACCCGCCCCUUCGCGGCCCACUUCUCGAACACGAACUAAUCGUUCAUUAUCUACUCCUCUUCAAGAGAUGGCGCAUAACAAUCGAGCAAUAAAGAUCAGACGGCGCCCCUCGACUUCAGUCCCACCACGCAGAAGUUCUCGCCUAACACAGAAGUCAAGACAACCAUAACCAUAACCUUUCUUUUGAAUGUAACAUAUUUAUUCGCACAUUGUCUCUGUUGUUGUAUUCUAGUGAUUGUUGUAUUCUGGAUAACAGUUACCCCCUAUACCCAACCGUCCCUCUUAUUGCUGUUUCGCUCUCGAAGUCCACAUGCUUUCUCUUU